AUGACAACGAGCGAGAAGCGUUCACCAUCGGUGGAGCGCGGAGAGCAUACCAUCAACCAUGUUGACAGCGUGCUCCACGACGAGAAGCCCAUUGCUCAGGAUGAGGAGAACCGUGACUGGACCGGGUCUGCGAAGAAGACUGAUCCUGAAGAGAUUAAGCUUGUGCGGAAGCUGGAUUGGCGGAUAAUGGCUCGACUCAAUAAUUUGGAGGACGAUUUGGGCAUGUCCGGCACCCAGUUCAACACUGCAGUUUCGAUCCUCUUUGUCGGCUACGUCCUAAUGCAGAUUCCUUCCAACAUGUUGAUUACCAGAAUUCAGCCUGGCUUGUACAUGAGCGCCUGGAUGCUUGUAUGGGCCGUGGUAUCAGAGGUCGCGUCCCGUAUUGCUGUUCUCUACUGCGCCCAGAUCCUCGCUACCGGGCUCUCCUCUCUCAUUGCAGCCGGCAUCUUCGCCGGCAUGGACGGCCUUAGCGGCAUCUCCGGCUGGCGCUGGCUCUUCAUCGUCGAAGGCGCCGCCACCGGUGUCGUCGCCAUCUUUGGCUUCUGGCUCCUUCCCAACACGCCUCUGACGACGCGUUGGUUGAGCGAGCGGGAGCGCGAGCUUGCCCACUCCCGCAUGGAGAAGGACAAGCUGUCGGACUCUGACAACAACAAGGCCUCAGCCAUGGACGGCCUCAAGCAGGCCGUCCGCGACAAGCGCACUUGGUUGUUCUGUCUCAUGCAGAACUUUCAUCUCAGUGCUUGCUCGUUCAACUCCUUUUUCCCUACUGUCGUCAAAACCCUCGGCUUUAACACCACAGUCACUCUCUUGAUGACUUGCCCACCCUUCAUCUUCGCAGGUGCUGCCGGCAUCUUGUUUGGUUGGAGCUCCGGUAGACUUCACGAGAGAACAUGGCACAUUACCACCGGCUUGGGCAUCGCUGUCGUCGGAUUUGUCAUGGCUUCCGCGACGCUCAACACAGCGGCUAGAUAUAUUGCCUGCUUUAUCUUUGCUAUGGGCGCCUACUCGGUGAAUAGCGUUAUCAUUGGCUGGGCCUCAUCAACUCUGUCGCAAACCAAAGAGAAGAAGGCAGUCGUUCUCGCCAUGACGAACGUCGGAGGACAGAUUGGCUACAUCUACGGCGCAUACCUGUGGCCCAGUACCGACUCGCCCCGCUAUGCCAUUGGUUUUGGUGCUUCAGCCGGCUUCUCACUGCUCUCGAUAUGCUGUGCGUGGUGGAUCCGUGUCUUGCUCGUCAGAGAGAACCGACGGAUUCGGGCGUCCACUUCGGAGCAGGUCAACUUGUAUGGAUACUAA